CGCGGGGCGGGCCGCGAGGGGAUCGUGCACGCCGUGUGCACCCGAGAGACCGGGCUCGAGGCUGGGGAGGAGCGACUCUGCGCGGCUACUGCCCGCGCGAGUGCAGGGAGGGCCCGGACUCGGAUGCUUCUCCCGGGAGGCGGCAGCCGCUGCCUCGACUUCCCCGGUGGCCCAGGGUGUUGGCGCCAGGCGCACAGGGGUGUGGCCCCGGGUCCACGAACGCCUGGUCCCUCUGCGCCCCGGGAUGCCCAGAGCUGCACCCCUGGUUCUCAGACGUAGCAGAAUUGCGUGCAGCUCCCUUGGCAAACGUUUGACCACGGCAUCGCUUCCCGUUUGCUGGAGGAAGUUUUGUUUCAGAGUUCCUGGGACGACCGCUAUCCAGACAAGUAAUUAGCACUUUCGGUGCUUGUUAACUUUAACAGGCCACAAGGGGAGUGGUUGGAAGAAAAAUGCGUGUAAGUCUUUGACAUCAUGAUGUACAUCCGGCAAAGAAAGGAGAUAAAAACCAUAGAAGUUUCAGAGGAUUUUCCAGCACAAAAAGAAAAUGUGAAGUUGGAAAGUAAAUUACCAUCUGGUUGUGCCUACAGAAGGUUUUGGAAGAUCCUGUCAUUUGCAAUCGGUGGAACCGUCGCCCUUGGCAUUGGACUUCUUACAUCUGUCUACCUAGCCACCUUACACGAGAAUGAUUUGUGGUUUUCCAAUAUUAAGGAAGUGGAGCGAGAAAUCUCAUUCAGGACAGAAUGCGGACUGUACUAUUCCUACUACAAGCAGAUGCUGCAGGCGCCAACCCUCCGGCAAGGUUUUCAUGGUUUAAUAUAUGAUAAUAAAACUGAAUCCAUGAGGACAAUUAACCUCCUUCAACGAAUGAAUAUUUACCAAGAAGUUUUCCUCGGCACUUUGUAUAGAGCUCUGCCCAUACAGAAAUAUUUAGAACCUGUUUAUUUUUAUAUCUACACCUUGUUUGGGCUCCAAGCCGUCUAUGUCAUAGCCCUGUAUAUAACCAGCUGGCUGCUGAGUGGUACCUGGCUGUCAGGACUAUUAGCAGCUCUCUGGUAUGUCACCAACAGAAUAGAUACCACAAGAGUUGAGUUUACCAUCCCACUGAGGGAGAACUGGGCACUGCCGUUCUUUGCAAUUCAGAUCGCAGCAAUUACCUAUUUCCUGAGACCAAACUUACAGUCUCUUUCUGAAAGGCUGACACUUCUUGCCAUUUUCAUAUCAACUUUUCUCUUUAGCCUGGCAUGGCAAUUUAAUCAGUUUAUGAUGCUGAUGCAGGCGCUGGUGCUGUUCAUCCUGGACUCCUUAGACUUGCUGCCAGCCGCAAAGGUCACCUGGCUGUAUAGUAUCCAGAUAACAGGCUUGCUCCUUGUCUGCAUUCUUCAGUUUUUUAACUCCAUGAUCCUUGGGUCGUUGCUCAUCAGUUUUAACCUUUCAGUAUUAAUUGCAAGAAAACUUCAGAAAAACCUGAAAGCUGGAGCCUUCCUGACUAGGAUUGGGAAACUCUUGUUACAUUUGUUUCUAGUUUCCUGUUUGACACUUUUUCUCAACAGCAUUAUCAAGAAAGUACUUAACCUGAAGUCAGAUGAACACAUAUUUAAAUUUCUGAAGGCCAAAUUUGGAUUUGGAGCAACAAGGGACUUUGAUGCCAAUCUCUACCUGUGUGAAGAAGCCUUUGGCCUCCUGCCUUUCAAUACAUUCCAAAGGCUCUCAGAGACCCUGCUUUUUUAUGCGUAUGUGUUUGUUCUGUCCAUCACAGCGAUCACAGCAUUGGUUGUCGUUUUUCAUAACCUCAGUGAUUCUACAAGUUCACAGCCCGUGGGUAAAAUGAGAAUGUGCACAGUUGACUUGAAACCAGAAACUGCUUACAACUUAAUCCACACCAUCCUGUUUGGUUUCCUGGCUUUGAGUACAAUGAGAAUGAAAUACCUGUGGACCUCACACAUGUGUGUGUUUGCAUCCUUCGGCUUAUGCAGCCCUGAGAUCUGGGAGUCACUCCUGAAGCUGGUUCAUCUUUAUAACCCAAAGAGGACCUGUGUGGUGCGCUACUCGGUGCCGAUAUUAAUACUGCUGUAUCUAUGCUAUAAGUCCUGGCCGGGAAUGAUGGAUGAGCUCUCUGAGUUGAAAGAAUUUUACGACCCAGAUACAGUGGAGCUGAUGAACUGGAUUAACAGCAUGAUUGCCAGGGCCUGGUGCAGUCUUGGGAAUCUCAGCAGUGGGGUUAAUCGGACUCUGCAAUCUUGUAGCACUAACACUCCAAGAAAGGCUGUGUUUGCUGGAAGCAUGCAGCUGCUGGCCGGAGUCAAGCUGUGCACGGGAAGGACCCUAACCAACCACCCACACUACGAAGACAGCAGCCUGCGAGAGCGGACCCAAGCGGUCUAUCAGAUAUAUGCAAAGAGGUCCCCGGAGGAAGUGCACGCACUGCUGAGGUCCUUCGGCACUGACUUUGUGAUCUUGGAAGACAGCAUCUGCUAUGAACGCCGACACCGCAGGGGCUGCCGGCUGCGUGAUCUGCUGGACGUUGCCAAUGGACACGUAAUGGACGGGCCCGGAGAGAAUGACCCCGACUUGAAACCUGCAGACCACCCUCGCUUCUGUGAGGAGAUCAAAAGGAACCUGCCUUCCUACGUGGCUCACUUUACUAGAGUGUUUCAGAACAAGACAUUCCAUGUCUACAAACUGUCCAGAAACAAGUGACCGCGUCUGUUUUGAAGCAGCAGUGAGACUGCGGCAUCGUGAGAUCUGUGCCCGGGAGCUGGGAGCGGCUCUGGCGAGCUGUGCUGUGCUGUGCUGUGCUGUGCUGUGCGGGCACUGUAGGUGUUUACACAAGUCUGCCCUCCUCUGAAGCCUCUUUCACAAACUUGUCUUUCUUGUCCUGUCUCUGUUGUUUUCAUUAACAUUCUCCAGCCUAAAAGUGCAUGCCUGUCCAAGACUGACCGAAGAUUUUGUCCUUGGAGGAAUUGUGUGUGACCCACAGCCAUGUUGGAAAGCAGGAGCCUGUUCAAGAUCUGAAAUAGUUUGAUUUUCAGUGAACUUGAGUGAGCUGUGGUGAGUGAACUGACAGGAUGCAUCAUUUGAUUCUUUUAUAUUCAGCAUUGAGUGGCGUGUGGCUUUUUAAACGCUUACUCUCCUGUUCCAUGUUAAAAUUUUAAAAUUUUCCAACGGUCAUGCUUUUGAUGGAACAAAACAGCAAGAACAAAUCAUGUUAGGUCUUUGAAUCUUAUACUGUGUUCUGAAAUGUUACAUGUAUGUGUCAGAGCAUGUGUGCUUUCAUUCUAGGCACAAAAAGAAAGUGUUAGAAGGUUCUGUAUCCAAAGUCCUCCAAGGACAAAUGGCAAUGUAGCUCGGGAGAACCUGCUACUGUUCCGUCUUAUUUUAAGGGCCGGAACACUCUUUCAUCUCUCCUGCAGGUAAAAAGAGUUGGCUUCACUUCUUACCCGUUUCUGUCUACUGGGUUUGCAAAAUUUUGUAAACUUUUUGUGUUUUUAAGUCUUUGUAUUUUUUACAGCCUAGAACCUUGCACAGUUUGAAUAUUUUUUAGAUGUUGUAUCUUGACUAUUGACUAGUUUCAGUACUUUUGGCAGAUGGCAUUUUCAGAACCGCAUGUCUCCGAUCCCCCUGUAGGCCCUUGGUGACAUCACUGCUGUCACUGAGAGGUCAUCAAGUGCCUCCAAGCCACGCUUAUUUGUAAAUAGAGAGCAGUGCGCUCCCCACUCAAAGUUUUUGGAUAAUUGCUUUUAUAAUUCAUUUCUAAUGAUGGGGGCAUGUAAAGGCUGCUGAUAAAGGCAUACUGUCCACUUAAUUAAAUCAAGAUAGCUAACGAAUUCACUUUCCCACUCGCCAUUUGGAAAUGAUUUAAAUGCUUCGCCUUGGUUGUGGUGCAGUAAAUUGCUGCAGGCGUCCUGAUGGAGGGUCACGUGUUCAGAUGAUUCGCUAUUCAGUUACUACUUAAGCCACAUUCAAAAAUGCUUUUCCAUUGUCUGGUUGGGCACAAGGUUUUAUCAAAGACUUAUUUGAAUAAAAAAUUGACAGCUAGGUUAUUAAAUUAUGCAACUGAAACUUUGGAAUUCUGUCGUCUUCUGCAUCCCUUAAUAAGGUUGGAGACCAUUGCAGUUUAGGGUAAUACAGUAAUAAAACAUUUUAAUCAGUGCUAAAACUUUAAUUAAGCCAGCAGUGCUGCAUGCCUGCCACAGCCACCAGCAUGGGGGACCAUCGUCAGCCCAUGCCUUACUGUUAACUGAAUCCAAGCACAGGUAAGGCACAGUGUGUUGAGAGGACCUGACUUUGUUCUUAAAGAAGCUGUUAUGUUUUGGGUGUGUUUGCAUUCUUUUUAAACAUUCCUGUGUGUAUUUGUCUAAUCGUUGGGGUGUUUGGAGUCCUAGUACCCAGGAGACGUGGACUUGAACUUGUGUGCCCAUGCUCACCACACUAAUGGCAUGCGCUGAUUGCUUUCUCUUUAGUGCCAUUGUCGCCAGAACAUUCACUGUUUGGUCUUUUAGUGAAAACUAUGAAGUGCCAAAAACAGUCUUACAAGACAGAAUCUAUAUGUACACUCUUCCCAAGACACUGUGACUAUGUACAGGCGAAGUUUUUACUCUUGAUGACCAAAUCUUUCAAUGAAUCAUGUUAGAUAUUUUUACCUCUUACCCGGACUCUUGCUUGUGACCAUCUCCUUGAAGCACACAGGAGGGAAGGGGAAGACCCGGGCAUGGCGCUGUUUUCCAGAUCGUGUGAGCUGGAACCAGAGCCCUGUCUGGACUCCUGCCACACAGGCCCCAGGGACUGUCACGUAUUUAAUAACAUUCACUUAUGGCCCUGGAUGAAAAACCACUAGGUUUUGCUUCUAAGUUCCCUGUCAAAAGUACAACAGAAGUGCUCUUAAUUAACUGCGUCUCACUCCCCAGAGCCCUCUAGGCUCCGACCCUCUUCUGAACUGCAUAGGGAAACCGAGCAGGUGCCCCUCCCUAGUGCUCUCUGUACUCCGGCUGCCUCCUCCAGGCUUAGCCACCCCAGACCUCUGAGUGCAAUCUCUGCCCCUGAUUCUGAAUACCUUGCUCAGCCACGAAUGGCCUGGGGGCGUGGCUUGGCACAAAGUCCUGGACUUGCUCCACAGCACUGCAGAAGAGAGACGGACAUAAAAAGAGAUCUUUCUGCAGAAAUUUAAGUUGAAUGCUUGGUAAGACUUGGUAAAGGUUGGGUUCUCCUCAGAAUUGCUUUUAAAUUUAAUAUGGCCUAGAAAAUUAUGAAAUACUGAGAGGACAGACAUAAAAAUGAAGUCAACGAAUGAGCUUAGGGUCCUUCAGGUUUAUCCUAGGUACUCGUUCCAGGGGCUGGAGAGGUGGUCAGUGGUGAAGAGCACUCGCUGCUCUUGCAGAGGACCGGUUUCAGGUCCCAGCACCUACUUGGCAGCUAACAACCGUCCAUAACUCUAGUUCUAGGGAAUCUGACGCCCUCUUCUGGCCUCAGCAGGUAUUGCACAUAUGACACACGAUGCACAUGGAGGCAAAACACUCAAACACGUGAAAUAAAGAUAAUAAAAAGUCUAAAUCGGGCUAGGAGUGUAGCUCAGAGGUAGAGAGCUUGCCUAGCACACACAAGGCCCAGGUCCAUUCCUAGCACUAGAGAAAAAAGCCUCAGCCAAUAGGAAGGUACUGGAACAUUCCCAGAUCAUGUUAUCAGUCUGAUUAAUGGGAGAAACUGAACAGCACUCUCAGACUCUUGUGAAAUAGAGCCCCUAGCUUCAUAUAGAAAGAUCAGCAAAUGAGGUACAGUUGUCUGUUUCAAGUGACGCUUAGCUACUUUAACCAUUAAAUGGCCAGUUACUGCUACCAGGGCUGGCAGAGGUUCUCCAAGUAGAAAGGUUCCCCCAUCACUGUAGUUACAGCUGUUUGCAGAAAAGGAUUUAUUUCAGAUGUGCUAGUCAGGGACACUGGGAAAUUUGGUCAUCUUGGCCAUUUGCUAUUCUAAGCUGUUUUGCUGGGCUGAGUUUGUAGCUCGUCUGUAGAGCAUGUGCCCUAAAUGCACAGGCUCUGGAUUCUAGGCCCACUGCGCUUGACAUGCACAGCUCAGCAAGUUCACAUGUCUGCAUGUGUCUAUACACAUGUGUUUUAGUGGACAGCUCUCAGGAGCAAGGACAUAGGUGUGUAUUUCAUCUAGUCUUCAUCUUUAUUUCACAAUUAAAACACAAAAGCAUUACCCUGAUUGCACAUUAACUUUACUAAAAUGUUAAAAUUUCAGCUUGCCGUUAGCCAAAAUUAAUUAGUAUUGAAAUAUUGAACUGUAGAAUUUUAAUUCACAGCUUGAAACUAGAGGAAGAUCUUAAAUGUUCACAGAUCCUAUAUGUUGGUUAACAUGCCUCCAGAUGCUUCACCCAUGACAGCCUCUUGGCCUGGGAGACAGUGCUUGUCUGCUGUAAGGGGGAAGAGAGGCUUGUGACAAUUGCCUGUUUUUAACAUCUGUCGGAUCAAAUCUUAAAAAGAGCCUUUAUAAUUUGUUGUACUGAAUUGUAUGGAGAUUAUACACUAAAUAAAGCUCUUUUAGAUUACA